AUGUUAAAAGUUCUUACUGGAACAAUGAAGAAACACCCAGAGCACAUGGAAAAAGAAAUAAACGUUGCCCCUGGUUCUAUUUUAUUCAAAAAUGUUGCACCAAAUGCCUCGACUCUGGAUAAUGUCGAUGUUAAAUUUAAUGAUAGCGCAAACUUUUAUUAG